AUGGAUAACUUUUCUUUUCAUAAAUUUCAUGUUCACAAAUUCAAUCGAUUUUUUGUUGCAUGUUUUAUUAUCAUCACCAUUAUUUGGACAAAAUAUACUUUUUUUGAUGGAAAUGUGAAAAAUGUUAUAAACGAUAAUAAAGGAUAUAAUUCAAAUUUUAUUAAAUAUAAUCUUCAGGAUGUGAGAAACAAAAUUGAACCACGAAAACCACCUAUUAGAUUCAAAUCAUACAUUUACCCAUUUGGUAUAAAUGAAAACCUAAUAACACCACCAUUGACUAUUAAAUCAAUAAGAAAACUUGGUUAUGAUGAGUAUAAAAUAGCUAAUUAUGAAGAAAAUUCACCCUAUGAAGUAGAAGUAAAAGAGGAAAUUGAGUAUGAAGAUGGUGUUUCCCAUUUAAUUUGGUUUUAUGCUAAUGCAGACUAUGAGGAUCAAAGACCUUCAGCGUUUAUCCGAAACACACCUAUAGUAUAUUACUUCCUUAGCAAUUUAAGAAAAAAAGUUAAGAUACCUUUACUAAACAAAGUGUUAGUAAAUAAUCAUACAACUUAUUCAAUAAAAGGUACAAAUGACGUUUUACAAACUAUCAAACACGGUGAAUCUAAUCCUUACUUUGUGAAAAAAGCGCAAAUAAUUGCAAGUAGAUUUGAGUCAUUCCUUUACCAAUUUGGUAUAAAUGAAAACCUAAAAACACCACCAUUGACUAUUAAAUCAAUAAGAAAACUUAAAGAUGAUGAACAUAAAUUGGUUAAUUAUAAAGAAAAUUCACCAUACGAAGUAGAAGUGGAAGAGGAAAUUGAGUAUGAAAAUGGAGUUUCUCAUUUAAUUUGGUUUUUUGCUAAUGCAGACUACGAAGAUAAAAGACCUGCUUCGUGGAUCUCAAACACACCUAUUGUAUAUUAUUUUCUUAGCAAUUUAGGAGAAAAAGUUGAGAUACCUUUACUAAACAAAGUGUUGGUAAAUAGUCACACAACUUAUUCAGUAAAAGGUACUAAAGACGUUUUGCAAACUAUUGAAGAUGGAAAAUCUGAUGCUGACUUGGUGGAAAAAUCGCAAAACAUCGAAAAUGAAUAA